AUGGCUGAGAAAAAACGUAUCUUGAUCCCGGGCGGUGCUGGUUACAUCGGUAGCCAUGUGGCACUUACUGUGCUCAACACCCGAAAGUUCCGUGUGACGAUCAUUGAUAACUUUCACAACUCGAAGCCAGAGGCUGUGCGCCGCAUUGAGGAGCUAGCUCUGCGUGAGCUGCCGGCCGACGCGACCGAGGAGGAGAAGGAGGACUGCCGCAUCGAGUUGAUCCAGGCUGAUUUGCGUGAUCCAGUGGCUGUCGAGCGCCUGUUUGCGGACCGACCCGAACACGAUCGUAUCUAUGCGGUCAUCCUGAUCGGUGCGCUCAAGGCGGUGGGCGAGAGCUCCGAGAUUCCGAUUGACUACUACAAUGUGAAUGUAGGAGGUCUGCUGCAUCUGCUCUCUGCGAUGGACAAGUACGAUGCGCGGCGUCUCGUGUACAGCUCGUCGGCCACGGUGUACGGUGCACCUGAGACCAUCCCUAUUCCUGAGACGACGCCCAUGGAUCCGCACAGCCCAUACGGUCGCUCAAAGCAGAUCUGCGAAAUGAUCAUCCGCGACGUAUGCGCUGCGAACCCCAAGUGGCGUGCGAUCACGUUGCGUUACUUCAAUCCCGCAGGUGCGCAUCCCUCAGGCCGCAUGGGAGAAGACCCCCGCGGCAAGCCGGGUAACCUGCUGCCUCUGCUGGCACAAAUGGCCGUCGGCAAGUACCGUGAGCCUGGUCUCAAGGUGUUUGGCAACGACUACCCAACGCCCGAUGGCACGUGUGUGCGAGACUACAUCCACAUCCUCGAUCUGGCCGAGGGCCAUCUGAAUGCGAUGGUGGCGCUCGACAACGACGCAACCUUUGAUCACGCCGAGGCUGGUCACGGCAAGUGCCGUGCGUUCAACCUCGGAAAGGGUGUGGGCAUGAGUGUGCUCAACAUGAUCGAGGCGAUGCGCAAAGUCACUGGCUACGAGUUCCCGUACGACAUUGUGGAACGCCGCCCUGGCGAUGUGCCCGACCUGACGGCCAACCCUGCACUCGCUGAGCGUGAGCUGGGCUUCAAGGCCACACGAUCGCUGGACGAUAUGUGCCGUGACCUGUGGAACUGGCAGAAGAACAACCCGAACGGAUACGACUAA